CCCACUUCCGGCGGGGAGAGAAACGGAAGGGAAAGCAGUUGAGCGGUGACACGGUGGCCCUUCUGAAAGGUGAAGGUUUUGUUUGUGGCCCGCCAUUCAGCAAACAUGGGGAAGAUCACUUUCCAGCCUGUCGCGGGCCAGAAAGGAGGUCAAGAGAACGAUGGCGACAAGAACAAAAUCCUCAUCCCCCAUCCGAUGGAUGAGGAGGAGGAUGAGCUUGUCCUACCAUUGCGCUCCAAGAAGUCGCCUCUCAACGGGCUGUGCUGUCUGACGUUCGGCCUGGUUGUCUUCAUGGCCGGUCUGGUCCUCGCCUCCAUCUACGUGUACCGCUACUACUUCAUACCUCACGCCCCAGAGGAGAACUUGUUCCAUUGCAAGGUGGUUUACGAGGACUCCGUGUACGCACCGCUGCGUGGGCGACAGGAGCUGGCGGAGAACGUCGGAAUUUACUUGGCCGAUAAUUAUGAGAAGAUCACCGUGCCCGUACCUCAUUUUGGAGGCAGCGAUCCUGCUGACAUAAUCCACGAUUUUCACAGAGGAUUGACCGCUUACCAUGACAUUGCUCUGGACAAGUGCUAUGUGAUUGAGCUCAACACCACCAUUGUGAUGCCCCCGCGCAACCUUUGGGAGCUGCUCAUCAAUGUCAAGAAAGGAACAUACCUGCCUCAGACCUACAUAAUUCAUGAAGAGAUGGUGGUAACCGGCAAAGUGCACAACAUGCGUCAACUGGGACCGUUCAUCUACCGCCUUUGCAACGGGAAGGACACAUACCGCUUGAACCGUCGUGUCUCCCGCAGACGCAUCACCAAGCGAGAGGCAAAGGAUUGCCACAGCAUUCGUCACUUUGAGAAUACGUUCGUGGUGGAGACGGUUAUCUGUGAUGAAGUGUGAGCAGGAUGGUCAUAGGUUGCCCCCCUCCCCUCCCCACCUAAGGCCCAUCCUAGUCACCUCCCCGGCUACUGUAGCACCCUGUGGAUUUGAUCAUGCUGCACUUUACCGUUAAGUUAAUGUCCUAUCUCCUUCUACAUCCCCUGCUUAUUUGCCCGUUUUUCCUCUGGCAAAUAAUUGUCCCAACAGAUGAUGCAAUAAUCCGCUGCUGGUUCUCACACGAUUUCCAUGUAGCCAAGGCUUUUGGCCUCUGUCCUUCGAGACUUCUAUGAUGGUUACUGUUGUUAGGAGUGACGACUGUCUCCAUGUGUUGUCAAAGUGACCCCCCCCCCCCCCCCUCCUCCUUAUCUGUGUGUUUAGUAACACGUUGAGCUGCACAAAAUGGGAAAUUCUUCUUUUUGGCACAUAAUCAUGUCGCUUCUCCAUCUCUGUACUGUAAGAUCAAACUAGUGACAAAUAUUUGGUUGCAUUUUUGCUUCUGCUUGUCCCAUCUUUAAUUUGCUGGUAAAAGGCACUGUGUGAUAAAGAAGGUAUCAUUGGGCACAACCUCCACCACUGAAGAAGUCAAGAGGCAUACUUGCCCAUCAUUUUUUUAUGUAAUGUAUUUAAAUCAAGACAUUUGCAAAUCAUUUAAAAUAGUACUAUAUCUGUUUUCCCCUUGCAUGUGUUUUAGCUAUUUGAUAAACUGUUUUGUAAGAUGUAUAACGCCUUAGUCCAGACUCAAAGACUGGACUAAUGUUAUUACUAAUAUAACAGAUGGGUGGAUAUUAUUUGAUGUUAGAUAAAUAAAACUAUUAUCUGUAUAUAUUAUCUGCCUAUGAGAUCUUGUCUGUGAAUAAAGUUUAAAACGUC